UCCAAGUGCCGUUUCGGUUUAAUCUAGUGUGUGACUGAGUGUGAGAGGAACCUAGUGUUUGUGUGUGUGUGUGUGUGUGUGUGAGGUAUUGGGGUGAGGCCGCCAAGACUAGAAAAGGAGGCUCCCUCAGGAGUGAGGGACAGAGGGGGCGUGAGUCACGUAGGCCGCGGGACUCCGGCGACAGGAAGCUGCUCUGAACCUGGCCACCGGGAAGGGGAAGGGCGCUCGCGGGGCUCACAGGGCCCCAUAGCCGGAGUCGGCCCCGCAGCCCAGGGCCGCUGGCUUUCUGCUUCCUCGAGCUCCCGACAGCAGGGGCCUGAGGAGACUGGCUCGGCGGCGCGUGGGGAAGGACGUGGUCCUGCAACUCCGCCGUGAGGAAUUCGGGUCUCCUUCUCCCCGUCUCUCCCCACCUCAUGUAGGAGGGCGCCGAGGCGGCGGGAGGGGGAGGAGCCCAGCCGCGAGUCCCUUCCCUCCCAGCCCCGGCGAGGGGCGCUCGGGGGGCGUGGAGUUGGGCCGGGGGCGGGAGGAGCGGCUUCCUGCAGCGCCGGGGAACUUUUCCCCGUCUUCAGGUCGGGGCUAAGGUAAUGCCCAAUUCCGAGAGACAUGGGGGCAAGAAGGACGCGAGUGGAGGAGCUUCUGGAACUUCGCAGCCGUCAUCGGGAGGUGGCAGCUCAAACAGAGAGCGUCACCGCUUGGUGUCGAAGCACAAGCGGCACAAGUCCAAGCACUCCAAAGACAUGAGCUUGGUGACCCCAGAAGCAGCAUCCUUGGGCACAGUUAUCAAACCUUUGGUGGAGUACGAUGACAUCAGCUCUGAUUCAGACACUUUCUCUGACGACAUGGCAUUCAAAUUAGACAGGAGGGAAAAUGAUGAACGUCGUGGAACAGAUCGGAGUGACCGCUUGCAUAAACAUCGCCACCACCAGCACAGACGUUCCCGAGAGUUGCUAAAAACUAAACAGGCCGAAAAAGAAAAGAACCAGGAAGUGUCCAGCAAGUCGGGAACGGUGAAGGGCCGGACAUCAGGAAGUUCCAAGCGUUCAAAUGAGGAGAACGAUGACUACGGGAAGGCGCAACUGUCCAAAAGCAGCAGCAAGGAGUCGAGGUCAUCCAAACUCCACAAGGAGAAGACCCGGAAAGAACGCGAGCUGAAAUCUGCACACAAGGACCGGAGUAAAACUCAUCGGAAAAGAGAAACACCCAAAAGUUACAAAACGGUGGAUAGCCCCAAACGGAGGUCCCGGAGUCCUCACAGGAAAUGGUCUGACAGCUCCAAACAAGAUGACAGCCCCUCAGGCGCUUCUUAUGGACAAGAUUAUGACCUUAGUCCUCCAAGGUCUCAUACCUCCAGCAAUUAUGACACCUAUAAGAAGAGUCCUGGAAGUACCUCAAGAAGGCAGUCAGUCAGCCCACCUUACAAGGAGCCUUCUGCCUACCAGUCCAGCACACGGUCGCCCAGUCCCUACAGUAGACGACAGAGGUCUGUGAGUCCCUAUAGUCGGCGACGGUCGUCCAGCUAUGAAAGGAGCGGCUCUUACAGUGGGAGGUCGCCCAGUCCCUAUGGUCGAAGACGAUCCAGCAGCCCUUUCCUAAGCAAGCGGUCUCUGAGUCGGAGUCCACUGCCCAGUAGGAAAUCCAUGAAGUCCAGAAGUAGAAGUCCUGCCUAUUCAAGACAUUCAUCUUCCCAUAGCAAAAAGAAGAGAUCCAGCUCACGCAGUCGUCAUUCCAGUAUCUCACCUGUCAGACUUCCAUUGAAUUCCAGCCUGGGAGCUGAACUCAGUAGAAAAAAGAAGGAAAGAGCUGCAGCAGCAGCAGCAGCAAAAAUAGAUGGAAAGGAAUCCAAAGGUUCACCUGUAUUUCUGCCUAAAAAAGAGAAUAGUUUAGUGGAGGCUAAGGAUUCAGGCUUGGAGCCUAAAAAGUUACCCAAAAGUAUAAAAUUGGAAAAAUGUGCCCCAGAUACAGAACUGCAGAAUGUAACACAUUUAAACACAGAGGUCAAAAAUUCUUUAGAUACAGGGAAAGUAAAGUUGGAUGAAAACUCUGAGAAGCAUCCUGUUAUGAAAGAUUUGAAAGUACAGGGAACAAAAGACUCUAAACCCAUAACACUGAAAGAGGAGAUUGGUACUCCAAAAGAGCCAGAGAUAUCAGAAAAGGAGACUCCUCCACCUCUCCCCACAGUUGCUUCUCCACCUCCUUUACCAGCUACUACACCUCCCCCUCAGACACCCCCGUUACCACCUUUGCCUCCACUACCGGCUGUUCCACAGCAGCCACCUCUGCCUCCUUCUCAACCAACAUUUAGUCAGGUUCUUGUUCCCAGUACUUCAACUUUACCCCCUUCUACUCACCCAAGGACAUCUACUUUAUCCUCUCAGGCAAAUUCUCAGCCCUCUGUACAGAUUUCUGUGAAGACUCAAGUUUCUGUAACAGCUGCUAUUCCACACCUGAAAACAUCAACAUUGCCUCCUCUUCCUCUCCCACCCUUGUUACUUGGAGAUGAUGACAUAGAUAGUCCAAAAGAAAUUCUUCCUUCAAAACCUGUAAAGAAAGAGAAAGAACAGAGGACACGCCAUUUACUCACCGACCUUCCUCUCCCUCCUGAGCUCCCUGGUGGUGACCCAUCUCCCCCAGAGUCUCCAGAGCCAAAGGCAAUUACUCCACCACAGCAGCCGUUUAAGAAGAGACCAAAAAUUUGUUGUCCUCGCUAUGGAGAAAGACGACAAACAGAAACUGACUGGGGGAAACGCUGUGUGGACAAGUUUGACAUUAUCGGGAUUAUUGGAGAGGGAACCUAUGGUCAAGUGUAUAAAGCUAAGGACAAAGAUACAGGAGAACUAGUAGCUCUCAAGAAGGUGAGACUAGACAAUGAGAAAGAGGGCUUCCCAAUCACAGCCAUCCGUGAAAUCAAAAUCCUUCGUCAGUUAAUCCACCGAAGUGUUGUUAACAUGAAGGAAAUUGUCACAGAUAAGCAAGAUGCCCUGGAUUUCAAGAAAGACAAAGGUGCCUUUUACCUUGUAUUUGAGUAUAUGGAUCAUGACUUAAUGGGACUGCUUGAAUCUGGUUUGGUGCACUUUUCUGAGGACCAUAUUAAAUCAUUCAUGAAACAACUAAUGGAAGGACUUGAUUACUGUCACAAGAAGAAUUUCCUGCAUCGGGAUAUUAAGUGUUCAAACAUUUUGCUGAACAACAGUGGACAAAUCAAACUAGCAGAUUUUGGACUUGCUCGGCUCUAUAACUCUGAAGAGAGUCGCCCUUACACGAACAAAGUCAUUACUCUGUGGUACCGACCUCCAGAGCUGCUGCUGGGAGAGGAGCGUUAUACACCAGCCAUAGAUGUUUGGAGCUGUGGGUGCAUCCUUGGGGAACUCUUCACAAAGAAGCCUAUUUUUCAAGCUAACCUGGAACUGGCUCAGCUAGAAUUGAUCAGCCGUCUCUGUGGUAGCCCUUGUCCAGCUGUGUGGCCUGAUGUUAUCAAACUGCCCUAUUUCAACACCAUGAAGCCAAAGAAACAAUACAGGCGGCGUCUGCGAGAGGAAUUCUCUUUCAUUCCUUCAGCAGCACUUGAUUUAUUGGAUCACAUGCUGACACUGGAUCCUAGCAAGCGCUGUACAGCGGAACAGACCCUACAGAGCGACUUCCUUAGAGAUGUGGAGCUCAGCAAGAUGGCUCCGCCAGACCUUCCUCACUGGCAGGAUUGCCAUGAAUUGUGGAGUAAGAAACGGCGACGACAGCGACAAAGUGGUAUUGUGGUGGAAGAACCACCUCCGUCCAAAGUUUCUCGGAAAGAAACUACCUCAGGGACAAGUGCUGAGCCUGUGAAGAGCAGUAGCCCAGCACCACCUCAGCCUGCUGCUGGCAAAGCGGAGCAGCCUGGGGCUGGGGAUUCAGUAGGCCUUGGUGACAUCACACAGCAGCUGAAUCAAAGUGAAUUAGCAGUGUUAUUGAACCUGCUGCAUAGCCAAACUGACCUGAGCAUCCCUCAGAUGGCACAGCUGCUUAACAUCCACUCUAACCCGGAGAUGCAGCAGCAGCUGGAAGCCCUCAGCCAGUCCAUCAAUGCCCUGACAGAAGCCACUUCCCAGCAGCAGAACUCAGAGCCCGUAGCCCCAGAGGAGUCUUUGAAGGAGGCACCCCCUGCCCCAGCAGCCCUGCCUUCAGCAGAACAGACAACCCCUGAAGCUUCAAGCACACCAGCUGACAUGCAGAAUAUGUUGGCAGUUUUCUUGAGUCAGCUGAUGAAAACCCAGGAGACCGCAGGCAACCUAGAGGAAAGCAACAGUGACAAGAAUAGUGGGCCCCAGGGGCCCCGAAGAACUCCCACAAUGCCACAGGAGGAGGCAGCAGCAUGUCCUCCUCACAUUCUUCCACCAGAGAAGAGGCCCCCUGAGCCCCCCGGACCUCCACCGCCGCCACCUCCACCCCCUCUGGUUGAAGGCGAUCUUUCCAGCGUCCCCCAGGAGUUGAACCCCGCCGUGACAGCCGCCUUGCUGCAACUUUUAUCUCAGCCUGAAGCAGAGCCUCCUGGCCACCUGCCACAUGAGCACCAGGCCUUGAGACCAAUGGAGUACACCAACAGACCCCAUCCAAACAGGACUUAUAGAAACACUGAUGGGCCUGAAACAGGGUUCAGUACCACUGACACUGACGAACGCAGCUCUGGUCCAGCCUUGACAGAAUCUUUGGUCCAGACCCUGGUGAAGAACAGGACCUUCUCAGGCUCUGUGAGCCACCUUGGGGAGUCCAGCAGUUACCAGGGCACAGGGUCAGUGCAGUUCCCAGGGGACCAGGAUCUCCGAUUUGCUAGGGCUCCGUUAGCAUUACAGUCAGUGGUUGGGCAGCCAUUUGUGAAGGCAGAGGGAAGCAGCAACUCUGUGGUGCACACAGAAACCAAGUUGCAAAACUAUGGUGAGCUGGGACCAGGAACUCCUGGGGCCAGCGGCUCGGGAACAAGCCUUCACUGGGGGGCCCCGGCUCAGUCUUCUGCUUUCGGAAAACUCUAUCGGGGAUCUGCAAGAGUCCCACCAAGAGGGGGACGAGGGAGAGGAGUUCCUUACUAACCCAGAGAGUCCAUUGUCCUGAAAGUUCCUUCCCUGUCCCAUCUUUCCAUCCAGUUCUCCGAACCUUUAAUGAAAUCACUUGCCAGAGUGAGGUAAUCUCAUCUGCAUUUGGCUACUGCAAAGCUGUAUGUUGUAGUCCUUGCUCACUUGCUACUAGCAGGCGACUUAUCACCAUGUUGGCACCAGUUCCCCUGAUGGGCAUAGCCAGAACAUUUCCUUCAGCUCUACCUAGGAGACUAGAGAAUAUGGAGAGGGUCAUUCAGUGUAUUGCCUGCACUUUUUGAGCAGAAGAGAGAAAGGUUUCCGUUUUGAGAUGGCUCAGCUCUUUGGUUUUUAGUUUUGUGGGUUUUUUUUU